AUGGAGAUCAGAUACGCUGUAAAAGGUAAUUCAUGUCCAUUGUGUAUUCGGAAUGAUAUGGGGGUGAAAUUGUACAUAGAAGUGAAGAAACACGAGAUAGAAUUUGGUAUGUAUCCACUAUGCAUUGAUACAUCGAAUAGAAGUGAUGAAGAUAUACAUAAUUUUGAUGCAACAACAGGUGCAAUUGUGUGUGUUGAAGGUGGAAAAAGGGACACAAAGGCUCUAAGCAUUGUUGAAUCGAAAAUUUGUGAUUCUUAUUAUAUAUCAGAAAUGGAGGUGGAAAAUUAUAUAUUAGAUACAAAUGCUUCUAAUGUGGAAGUGAAGCAAUUGUACAAGGAUAAGACAACUCUAAUGGUUGUUAUGGAAAAAUAUAAAAUUAAGCAUAGCUUCAAUUUUAGAGUUAAGAGAUCUGAUAGCAAAAGCUACGUAUUAGUAUGUCAUUUAAAUGCUUGUUGUUGGGAAUUGAAGGCGUCUGUUAGGAAAAAUACGGAUAUAUUCAAAGUGAGAUACUUCAAUAGUGAACAUACCUAUCCAUUGAGGGAUAGGGUAUUAAGUAAGGUACAAGCUACUGUUGGGUUUCUUAGUGAUGUGACAGCUCCAAAGUUAGUGAAUCAUAAAAGAAAACAUACUCCAAGCUAUAUAAUUGAGGAUGUUAGGGCACUAUAUGGAGUUCAAAUUUCUUACCAACAAGAAUGGAGUGCAAAAGAACUUGCAUUGGAGAUGAUUAGGGGUAAACCUGCAGACGGAUACAAACAGAUGCCAAAAUACAUAUAUAUGCUGAACACUGUGUAUCCAAAUUCAUAUAUACGUAUGCACAAGUCGGAAAAAAAUGAGUUUAUGUAUCUCUUCAUAUCAUUAAGGCCAAUGAUGAGAGGGUUUGAGUUCUGUAGGCCUGUUGUUGUUAUUGAUGCUUCACAUCUUAGCGGAUCUUAUCGACGGACAUUUAUAUCGGCAAGUGCACUCGAUGGGGAAGCUUAUGAAAUUGUAGACAUGGAAAAUGAUUGUUCAUGGACAUGGUUCUUCCAACACUUUAAAAAUGUAUUUGGUGAUAGAGAACAAAUGUGUGUUGUAUCAUAUCGAAAUGAAAGCAUAUUGAAGAGUGUAAGUAUUGUUUAUCCAAAUGUUCCUCAUUUUGCAUGCAUAUGGCACCUCUGA